CCUCUGCGAGCUUCGGCAGUGCUGCGCUGCUGCUGCCGGAGCUGCGCCUCUGCAUAUGUGCAGAAGGGGUGACGCAGCACUAUCCGUGGCCGAUAGCCUGCUCCCAGCACCGUCUCGCUGCUGCUCGCUGCCGCACGGGCGCUGGCGCGAGAAGGCGGGCAGAGGAGGCGGAGCGACGCGAUUCGGGAGCUGCGGGCGCAGGCGGUGCGGCGGCGGCGCGCGAUGAGGAUGCCGCCUCGACAUGCAGCCCAGCCGGAGCGUGCCGGAGCCUCUGCCUCUGCUCCACCACCAUCCGCAGCACGGCGCCUGCCUCUCUCCUCGCAGCACUCCGCCGGCCCCGGCUGCCGAGGCGAUGCAGACGCCGCCGCAGCCGCUGCCUGUCCCCUCGCUGCGCCACGGCGCUGCAGCCUAUGCGCCCGGCCUUGCCGGCGCUGCGUCGCGCAGCUCCAGCCGCUCCCGGCUGCCGGCCACGUCGUCGGCGCCGCCCACGCGUGCCAGCUCCGCACACUCGCUCUCCUCGCUCGCAUCGCUCUCGGCCCUCUCGCUCUCGCGGCCCUCGGCGCACCGCUUCCCUGUCGUGGCCUCGCCGCCGCGCACGGGGCGCAGCAGCUCAGAGGCCGAGACGGAGACCGACGGCCGCGAGACGACCGACGGCGAGAGCACGAGUGCCGACGAGACGGAGAACGAGUGGCCCGCCGCGCACGACUCGAGCGCAGAGAGCGCGCCCGGCAGUGCAAGCAGCGGCCGCGGCGCCUCCGACGACGAUGGCACACGCCGUCUGCGCGGCGACGACGCCGCACACUCGGCGGCGCCGUCGCAGGCCGUCGGCCUGACGCUGGCCGGGCUGCCGGCGUACGACGAGAGCGAGGCCGACGACGACAGUCCGCCGUCGUUCGAUGCCGGCGUGCGCCGACGGGCCUCGCGCACGCUCGGCAGCAACUACGCCUCGGCCUUUGCGUCGCUGGCAACGGCCGGCGCCUCCUCCUCCUCAAGCACUCCAGGAGGCACGAGCCCGACGACGCCGCGAGUCUCUUCGCCGCACCUGCGUCCACGUGGCCCGUCACGCACCGGCUCCAGCAGCUCGAUUCGCUCCAUCUCGUACUUUGCCCUGACGCCUGCGGUCACAGCCAGCGGCUCGGGCUUGGGCAGCAACACGCCGCAGGCCUCGUCCUCCGCCGUGCCGGCGCGUGCUCCACGUGCAAGGGCACGCACGGCCAACUCGUCGCCGCUGCUGCCAGCGACACAUCUGGCGCCUCUGUCUACGCCGGCUGCAUCCUCCGAGGAGCAGAGAGGCGACAGUGGCUCUGCUGCGUCACCGGGCUCUCGGAGAGCCUCGCCCGCGCGCACACGCGACGGCGCUGGCUUUGAGACAGAGGCCGAGGCAGAUGCUCUUGGCCUCGGCUUGAACAUGGGCGACAAUCCAGCGCAGCGAGGUGCACGCCUCUCGCGAGGCGACUACUUCACCAGCGUGCCAUCCUUGCGACGCGGCAUGACCAAUCCUAACUCGGACCUGUCCGACUUGCCGCCGCCGUACUCGCCGUCGCGGCCGCCGAGCCCGCCACGAGCAGACGUGAACAUCGAGCGUGGCAGUCGCACGGCGCCGGCGAGCCCGAGAUCAGGGCUGAGGCACGCAGACGCUCCGAAUUUGCGCUGGCGGCCAGCGCAGAGCAGCCAAAGGCCUCCGAGUGCACUCUUGCCUCCGCCGACGUUGGGCACAGACCUGAUGGACGCUGGCGCUCCGACAGCAUGGGUCAUGCGACGCAUGCUGCAUCCUCUUCGCCUUCUUGCCGCUGUUCCCGGAUGCAUUGGAGCGUUCUGGCUGCUGCGCAACGCCGCAAUCUGCCUGCUGCAUGGCGCACUGCUGUGCUCGCGCUCGCCGGACGGAGUGCGCCUGCCUGGCGCGCUCGAGUUCGUCAUGUGCAGCCUUUGGAGCGUCAGCACUGCCUACCAUGCGCUCUCCUUCACGACCCUGCUGCUGCGGCGGUGGCUCGCCUACUACGCACUGCUCUCGUCGGUGAUCCGCCUCGUCGCGCUGCAGGCCAUCUGCUGGCCUCUAGUGCGCCUCACGCUGCACAUCUGCGGCCCGAGCAAUCCUGCCGCGGCGUGGGUCGUCAUCGGCACAACGACGGCCAUCAGCGACACUGUUGCACGCUGGGUGACACUGAACAUCGCCGAUGCGCCCGACGAGGCUGGCGGCAACGGCGCUCGUGCGGCCAAGCGGCGGCACGAGCCUGGCAGGCGCUUCUGGCGCGCGAUCAUGGGAGCGCCUCAGGCAGAUCGCCGCACCGCACGACGCGGCUGGGAGGCAGAUGCGACGAUCGCAGAGCACAGCGAUGUCGGCGAGACCGAUGCGGUCACCGAGGCCGAGACGGACACGCAGUCUCCGCGCUCCCGCUCGUACCGCCGACGAACGCGCGACCCAUCGAGCCGCAGCGACGCCGCCACGUCCAGAGAGGAGGAGCCGGGACGCGUCUUUCACUGGGACGUCACGAUGCGCAGGAAUGUGCUGCCCGUGGCGUGUCUUGGCUAUGCUACAAUGCUUGUUCUGCUCGCCGACUCAAUGCGAUGA